UUUGAUAGAUACAGAUCUAUAUAAAAUGAGAACUAGUCUACCCCAAGUAGUCAGUGUAUUAUCAAGAAUAUCUUUCAAAAAAAAACAGAAAACGCUAUUUACACUUAUUCUCAGAAAUAAAAUAUUUCAUACGGUCCAUUCCAACGUGAUUUCAUUGUUUUUGAAUUAUACUCUCAAGGAAGUACUUAAAAUCACAACAAGAUCUGCAUCCUAGGUCUAGAUCUAUAUCCAGUGAAUCCUGAGAAAUAUGACGACUUUUGACAUAGUUUCUGAUAACGUCAAACCUUCGACGCUGGGAGUGAAAGAUGCUUUACGACUGUGUACAGAUACAACAGAUAUUGACGUCAUUAUCGAUCUGACCAAACACAGCAAUCCGCUGGUGAGACAGAAGGCCUUGCGUGAAAUGUGUCCUUGCCGUGUCAAGAAAGACAUCUCAGACUUUUGGACGCGGGUCUUUGAGAUGCUAUCGGACUCAGAAGAAAACGUUAGGUACCAGGUCCUACACACACUGUGUGACGGAAGUCCAGAACAUCUAGAACACGAGAUCUCUGAGGCGUUGGAAGUUUUUAACAGAGACCCGAGUCCUAAAAUUCGAAGGCAAGCUCACAGGGCCCUUACUGCAUACAGGCGGACAGGAAAGUGGAACAUCCUGUAGUCUUUGUUUCGAUAAAAAUAAUUGUAACAAAUCUGAACACUAUAUUGAACUAUAACAUGAGAUCUGAGUCCAAGAAUGAAUAAUAAAAAAAAUGUGUUGCUUGUUUUUUGUAGAUCAAUUAAAAACAAUUAAAAUUUUACAGUAUUUUUUUUAAAUAUUAACAAUAACAAGAAAGCUAGUAUAUAUAAAGGAACUUGCUGAAUUUUAGUAGAUAGUAGUGUAAGCCUACACAUAAAGCUGGACUAACACAUAGCAGUCAAUCCAUUGGUAUU